UCGAUCAAGAGGCUGACGCGGAAAUCUAAAACGGCGUUGUUUUUCCAGUACCCGGCAUGUAAAUAUUACUUUAUAGCGCUUUGCAUACACAACGCGGACUGUUUUAAACGCUGAUAAGCGCCCGUAGAGACGUGGUAGAACCCAUGCAGAACUUUGAGACUUGUUGAAAGCCUGCAGGCCGGUGGCGGAAGCGUGAGUUCUGAUGUGUCUGUGUUUGAAUUGAUCGGCUGAGAUGCUGUCCACCGGUCCAAAGCUCCGGCUUAUGCGGCUUUUUACCUGUGUAACUCUGGUUUUACUUUUUCAAUUCAAUGAGGCAAAGAGGGAUUUGAAAAGUGCCUGUUCUACCUGUAAGCAAAUUACUGACAACUUCGAGAAGGGGUUUGACAGAACAGCAAAGCAGAACUUUGGUGGAGGCAACACAGCCUGGGAGGAGAGGAAACUGUCUAAAUAUGAGACCAGUGAGAUUCGUCUCAUGGAGAUCAUCGAGGGUCUGUGUGAUAGCAGUAGCUUUGAAUGCAACCGUAUGCUAGAGGAGCAUGAAGAGCAUUUUGAGACAUGGUGGUUCAAAAGGAAAACGAAACAUCCUGAUUUGCAUAAGUGGUUCUGCAUUGAAACCAUCAAAGUGUGCUGUCCAAAAGGAACAUUUGGACCAGAUUGCAAUGCCUGUGUGGGCGGCUCUGACACACCUUGUCAUGGAAACGGAAAGUGUGAUGGUGAUGGAACUCGAGGAGGGAACGGACAGUGCAGCUGUGACCACGGUUAUAAAGGAGAUUUCUGCCUAGACUGCAUUGACGGAUACUUCAAUGAAGUGAGGAAUGACACGUUUUCUCUGUGCGCAGAAUGCCACUCCUCCUGCAAAACCUGCACGGGGGGAACCAACCAGGACUGUGAUGAGUGCAAGGAAGGCUGGGAGGAGGAUGACCAAGAAUCAUGUGUUGAUGUAGAUGAGUGCUCCAAAGACUCUUCUCCAUGUAAAGAGAACCAAUACUGCCUUAACACAGAGGGCUCCUACUCCUGCAGGGCCUGUGAGAAAGAAUGCUCUGGCUGCACAGGAGCCGGUCCUGAUAAGUGCAAGGCAUGUGCCAGCGGGUACCAAGAUACAGAUGGCACCUGCACGGAUAUCGAUGAGUGCACACAACCAGAGACAGUAUGCACUGCAAAGCAUCAGCAGUGUCUCAACAGUAGAGGGAGCUAUUCCUGCAUCUGCUCUGUAGGAUUUGAGGAGAUAGAUGGCGAAUGUGUCGAAACUCCACAACCAGAAGAAGAAGAAGAGGACUCAAAUGCUGCUGACACAAACUCAAGUCCACAUCAGGAGCUUUGAUAUAAAACCCGGGACCAAUGGGAGCAAGCCAGGAAAACUAUGUUGGAAGGCGCUCAUUUUAAAAACCUCGACCACAUGCACUUAACACACCUGCUGCACAAAAAACCAACAGAAGCAGUCCAGACAUUGGAUUUCAGCACUAGAUCAUGGACUUAAAAACAAAAAGAGACAUUUUAUGCUCGGAGUUUGCUGGUCAUUGUCCUUAUUCUCUGGUGAACCACUUGUUCUUAUUUGUUUUUAAAAUUGCCAGUGUUUCAAUAAAGUUUGUUAUGUUAA